AUGAUGCAACGCAUACCAGAUGGAGGAGUCCUUUGCUUGGUCUCCAAGAUCCCUUUUUUCGACUUCAGUUUCACUUUGUUGGACAUCCUUCGACGAAAUCUGACCCAGGCUCCAGCAAUUCUGGAGCGCAUCAACAAGACCAGCAUGGCAAAGCUGGCGAGAGGAGUGGAGGCCAGGUGUGCUCGCGCGGUCUUGACGAUUCCUUUGCUCUUUUUCAACCAUUUUUCUAAGACCUUCCAGUGGUCCAGGCUCUUGUCUCCUGGAUGUGAUUGGUCUCAACUCGCCCAGCUUGGACGUCACGACUCCUUAAGCCCGCUGAGCCGGACGUUGGCAAGGUGGCAAGUAUGGUGGGGCCUUUUGGCCUUGUUGAUGCGAUGGGGAGAUCGGCUCUUGGAGGUUGUGUUGAAGCUUUUGCCUUGCGUCCUUAUGGAACAGCAGGUGAUUCUUUUUGGAGAUGCCCAGCGAACAUCCGUCGUUGCUCUCUUGCUGCGGAGCAUGUUGUGGCCGUUCAAAUGGCAACACCUAUUUGUUUGUGCUCCUUGGCCACCGGAAGAAUUGCAAAGCGUGCCACUCAUGGACUGCAACUUAGUACAUUUCGGUUCUUUGUUGAUGGCACACAUGACUUGGACUUACAGAUGCUACCAAAGUGUCCAUCACCUCCCAUCCAACAUCGUAGCAGGUGUCCUUCGAGAUAGAUGGGCCUGGCACCUAGAGCUUUUUCGACCAUGGAGGCCUUAUUUUCUCUCCAGCCAUUAG